AUGAUUUCUACGGCACUCCUUCACCCGCAGCCACCUUCUCCUGGGCACCCACUCCUUCUAGCCCCCACCGCCAAUCACCAUCACCACGCAAUGCACUAUUCAAAAUCAAAUUACUCCCAAACCGAGAACGACAAACUUGUUUGUUCUCAGAAUAUGCGUACCACUCAAUCGAUACGUCACCAGAUGAUGCGUUUGCUUCUCCGGCAUUAUACCUCACCUUUCCUGUUCGUCGCUUACUCCUCUCUUGAUCUGUCUUUUCAUCUUCUUAUUUCUCUCGUAAUCUUUCUCUUUUUCUACCCCCCCAUUCUACCGUUACUCUCUCUUUUCCGUUUCUCUCACUCAUUCUUUUGUUUCUUUUCUAUAUUUUUUCUCCUACUCUCUCAAUCUCCUUUUCUUUUUCUUCUAGUUCUUUUUCAUCUCAUCCUUUCUAGAUUUUGUUCCGCAUUUUCUGUCUCUUUUUCUCCCCCCCCACUCACUUUGACUCCCGUUUUUGUUUUCUCUCUCCGUCUUUCUCUUUUUUGUCACUUUCUUUUUCCCCUCUUUCCUUCUCCUUCUUUCUUUCUCUUGUAUCUCUCUUUCUCUUUCUGCCUCCAUUUUCUCUCUCUCUCUCUCUCUCUUUCUUUCUUUCCCUAG